CUACCGGGCCUUUGGAUCUUAUUUUUUACACGAGUCUUUCAUGUCUCUACUAACCGGUGCAAACCGGUCCGAGGAAAACUGGAGCAGAGCCGUCACCGUAUUUUUUUCACCCAUUUCUUCGCUGGUGCAUCAAGAUUCGGAAAUUGUUUCCCUCUCUCUCUCUCUCUCUCUCUCUGUCCUAACAAAGCACAAGGUCAUUGUUACAGCAAACGAGCACCUUAAAUUAACAGAUCUUUAAGACAGCAAGUCUCGUGGGAGGUUUGUUAGCCAUGAGAAGAUGCAGUGGGUGGCGUCGUUUUCUCUUUUGUCUUCCUCUUAUUUUCUUCCUUCCUCAUAUGUUUUCUGUAAUGGAAUUGCAUCAGAAGAAAAAUAGCAAGAAAUCUGAUCAUCUGGUUCUAGGGCCUGCUGCUGGACAAGGCUUGCCCAAUCGUUUGCAAUGUGAAGGAAUUAAAGCUCUCAACAAGACCAACUCUUCAACUUCCCAUAUAUCCAUAGGCAGAGAAACUAUUGCUUUUGUCACUGUUUUUGCCAUUCAUAAUUCUUCCCCAAAUACUCAUGUAGAUGAUAGAUCAUCAAACUUGGUUACUGUUGGGAAUUCUUCAUAUAGUAAGGUGGAGAGGUCAAUGGCCAUAUUGAAUGUCUUCAUUAACUUUAUUCAGGUGAGAAUGCCCCAGAGCAGCAUUAUUAUUCUUACCGACAUGGUAUCUGACCUUCGCGUGCACAGAAAUAGGGUCACCGUUCUUCCCAUUCAAAAUGAAUAUUCGCGAGAGAAGUUGAUGCUUCAACGAAUCAGGUCUUACAUUGCUUUUCUAGAAACAAGGCUUGAGGAGCUUUCUCAUAUGGAGGGGCACAUCAGUCAUUACAUCUUCACUGACUCGGAUAUAGCAGUGGUUGAUGAUCUAGGACAGAUAUUUCAGGAUUAUUCAAAUUUUCAUCUGGCUCUCACCUUCCGGAACAACAAAGCACAACCUUUAAAUUCAGGAUUUAUAGCAGUGAGGGGAACGUCAGAUGGGAUUUUAAGGGCAAAGCUUUUUCUACAAAAAGUACUGGAAGUUUACAGUUCAAAGUACAUGAGUGCCUCCCGAAUGCUCGGAGACCAGUUAGCACUUGCAUGGUUUAUUAUGUCUGACCCUUCCUUUGACAGAAGAAAAUUUACCAAAGCGCAAGUUUUUCUAGAGAAAAUUGGCGGUGCCUCAGUUCUAUUUUUACCUUGUGCUAUGUACAAUUGGACACCACCAGAAGGUGCAGGUCAAUUUCAUGGCAUGCCCCUGGAUGUUAAGGUUGUUCAUUUCAAAGGAUCGAGGAAACGCCUAAUGCUCGAAUCUUGGAACUUUUUCAGUUCGUCUGGUAACAUAUCAAAUAUGUUAUGUCUCAUCUUAAGUAGUGGGAGAACAAAGUAUGACUUUUAAAGCCUGAUUUUAAAGGAUUUAGAUUGGUGGAACAACCAAUUGCACUCGAGUUUGGAACUGAGGUGGUGCUAAAUUUACCAUCUAGCCUGCUUCAUCCAUCCACCCAUGGUACAAAUUCAGUUUUGCCGGCAGCAAAUGGAGCUUUAAUGAUAGAGAAGCUCAAGAUUAUGGAUAAUCAUUUCCUGUUACCAACGUAUUUUCCUUUUACAUCUUGAACGGUUGACUUUUUUUUUAUUGAAGGCGUAUAUAUUUUGGAACCAA